AUGCGGUACAGCAUCACAGGAGCUGUGCUCAUACACCCGGAAUAUGCGCUUGCGUCGGCAGAGGACAUGGCUAAAAUUGAGAGGGAUAUUGUCAGGAAUAGCACAUACUUCAUAGUAUGGUACAGUUCUACUGUGAAAUACACCAUGGGUGUCGCGGAUUACAAGCUGAACGACGAAUAUGAGACUAUGACGUACGCUACCACAGCUCUCGUUAAGAUAAUCAAUGAGCACCAUAGUCUCGGAGACCCAGGUCCAAUAAUGCAAAUAUGCAUGCCGAUAACGGGAACCAGUACCACUUUUGGAAAUAUUUAUGCCAUUAAAGUAACGGAUGAGUACGGAGAUUUCCUGAAAGAAGUAACAACGAUGGACGUCGUUGACGUCAAGAAUUGCGACUUAUAUGACGAUAAAGCCGAGCCAGAGAUGAAGAUGCUGGUCCCAACGUUUCCGAUCUGCGCGUCAGCCCAGGGCGUGCAAGUCACUUGCUUCAUAGACUCAGGCGCUGUGCUUGUGUCUAGAGACUCCAACGAGUAUUGGACCUUGUUGGGUUUCGGAGUCCGAGGUCCGAACUGCGCUGCGCCCGCGCGGUUCAUCUACGUCUUGAGCCAGAUGGAGUGGAUCGAGUCGCAAAUUCCUCAACCCAACACCACACACUUCAUAGUAUGGCACAGCGCCGACCUGAAGUAUUCCAUCGGCGUUGAGGACUACAUCAUGCACCCGGAGUAUGAGGACCGGAAGACUUACGCCACCACCGCGCUGGUCGAGCUCAUGAUUGUGGAGUCCAACCAGGUUGGACACCCAGCUCCAGUCCUGCCUAUCUGUAUGCCCACCAACAGUCACGCUUCUUUUGAAAAGAUCUAUGUUGUAAAAAUGACUACAGGAGGUGAGUAG